AUGAUGACUGAUGAAUUAGCAACAAUAUUUUUAAAUGAAAAGUUCUAUUAUAGUGCUUAUAUAUUAACUUUAAGUAGAGAAUCUGUUAUAUCUCAAGCAAUUCACAUAGUAAGUUCGUAUAAUUUGGGGUUUCUUAAUAGUAUUAAAGAGAUAUUUAACAAAGAAAAUCUAGAUAACGUCUUAGAAUAUAAAGAAGUUGCUAUCAUCUAUAUCAGAUUAACUAAUAAAGAUAUUAAAAUAGUGCCUAGUAAAACAAUAGAACCCAUAAAUAAUACCUUGAUAGGUUUUGAUAGUAUUAAAUAUUAUUGGAUGGCUUAUGAAAAUAAAGAGAUGAUAAGAAAAAGACUCCUUGUAAAGUCAUUAGAGUGUAGUAACAAUAAUCUUGAAGCCAUACUUACAAUGUUUUUUGAGUCAAUGAUAACCUACGUUGAAUUUAAUAAGUAUAUUUCUAAUAUCAGUGACAAUGAUCUUAAUAAUGUUUUAAUUAAUUUUGUGAAUGAAUUUGAUAGAUUUGAUAAUCCAUUUAACUUACUGGUAUUUGUUUAUAAAAUGUAUGACAACAUUAAUCUUUUAAGUAGAAUAGCUUUCCAUAGACUGUAUGCCUUUUCAGAUACAUAUGUUUUAAAGUUUGUCAACGGCUUGUAUUAUUUAAAGACGGGAAUAGUAGAAAGUUCUAUUGAGGCGUUUGAUGAGGUAAUUAAUUUGAAUAGGUAUUUUGGAUUGGCUUAUCUUUACAAAGGAAUAGCUAAAUCAAUGUUGAGAGAAAUGGAAGAAUCAAAAGCUAAUAUUAAGAUUGCCUAUCAAAUAAUGGAGAAUAAUCCUAUUGUUGCUUAUUAUUUAGCUUUUGAGUAUUUCGUCGGUUGUGACUUUAAUGGUUGUAAAUUUUACCUUGAUAGGAUGAUACGCAAUAUUAAUAAAAGUGAAAAAAAGAAGCUUAAUACAAAUAAAGUUUCUCUUUUAAAGAAAAUUACUUACGAAAUAAUUAAUUUGACAAUCAGUAAAGACUACAAUGAUAACUUGGAUGCCAUUUCUAAAUAUUUAAUUAAUUUUUAUCUCUUUGUUCUUAUAGCAAAUGAAGAAUAUGGUUUAGCAAAAGAUGUACUUGAUGAAUAUACUGAUUUAGAUCCACUUCUUCAAGCAUUUUACUAUCUUUUUAACGGUGAGUAUGAUAAGAGUAUGGAUGUUAUGGAACAAAAUGAUGAUAGUCCCUAUUUUAUGUUGCUUAAAGGUUAUUUAGCUCAUUUAGUUGAUAAUUUUGAUACAGCAGUAUUUUAUUAUAAAUCAACUAAGUUUUACUUUGAGGAUGAUAAAAUAGUGAAUGAUUUGAUAUUGUUAGCAAUGGAAACAAGAAAUACGGGAAUAAAAAAUAAAGCGUGUGUAUUUGCAAGUUGUUUGUUUGACUUACUGCCUUAUAAGAAAAGAAAAUUAUUUCUUUUUAUGUAA